GAGGGCGGGGCCGCCCAGAGCCUUAAAGAGCUCCCCGGGUCCGCCCCGUGCCCUGCCGCCGCGGCUCCCCACCAUGGCCGAGACCGCGAAGCUCCAGCUGUUUGUUAAGGCCAGCGAGGAUGGCGAGAGCGUGGGGCACUGUCCUUCCUGUCAGCGGCUCUUCAUGAUCCUGCUCCUCAAGGGUGUGCCCUUCACGCUGACCACGGUGGACAUCCGCAGGUCCCCGGAUGUGCUGAAGGACUUUGCUCCUGGCUCCCAGCUGCCCAUCCUGCUCUACGAUGGAGAUGCCAAAACGGACACCCUACACAUCGAGGAGUUUCUUGAGGAGACGCUGGGGCCCCCCGAAUUCCCCAGCCUGACACCCCGCUACAGGGAGUCCGCCAUGGCAGGCAAUGACGUUUUCCACAAGUUCUCUGCAUUCAUCAAGAACCCAGUGCCUGCGCAGGACGGUGCCCUGUACCAGCUGCUGCUGCGCGCCCUCGCCAGGCUGGACAGCUACCUGCGCGCGCCCCUGGAGCACGAGCUGGCGCGGGAGCCGCAGUUGCGUGAGUCGCGCCGCCGCUUUCUGGACGGCGACCAGCUUACGCUGGCCGACUGCGGCCUGCUGCCCAAGCUGCACAUCGUAGACAUGGUGUGUGCGCACUUCCGCCAGGCGCCCAUCCCCGCGGAGCUGCGCGGCGUCCGCUGCUACCUGGACAACGCGCUGCAGGAGAAGGAGUUCAAAUACACUUGUCCGCACAGCGCUGAGAUCCUGGCGGCCUACCGGCCCGCCGUGCACCCCCGCUAGCGAGCUCGCCUCUGCCAUCACCCCCGACCACUCGACGCAGCCCCAUAAAGGCAUCUCUGCCCCUGU